AUGGUGUUCGAAAAUUUAGUUGUCUAUUUAUUGGAUAAAUAUUUGGGUGAUUACAUUGAAAAUUUAGAUACAAAAAAACUUAAAAUUGAUUUAUGGAGUGGUAAUGUUGUUUUGGAAAAUCUGUAUCUAAAACCAAAUGCACUCGCUGAUUUAAAUCUUCCGGUGACUAUAUCAGUUGGUUAUCUUCAAAAAUUAAUUUUACAAGUUCCAUGGAAAAAUUUAUAUACACAUCCAACAAAAGCAACAAUCGAUGGACUUUUUUUAUUAGUUGUACCUAAAACUGAAGUUGCAUAUGAUGCUAAACGUGAUGAAAAAGAACAACAUGAAGCAAAAAUGAAAGAAGUUCAUAAAGUAGAAGAACUUCGAAAACAAAAAGAAGAUGAAAAGAAUGACAAAGCUGCUGACAAAAAUAAUGAUACAUUUAUGGAACGUAUGCAAUUACAAAUUCUUCGAAAUCUGGAAUUAUCUAUUCAGAAUAUUCAUAUUGUCUAUGAAGAUAGAUCAACAAAACCCGAUCAUCCAUUUGCUUUGGGAAUUACGCUUAAUUAUAUUAAAUUACAUACAACAACUCCAGAUUGGCAACAAACAAUAUUGAAAGAAGAUACACCAUUGAUUCAUAAACUUGGUGAAUUAAGUGCUUUUUCAAUUUAUUGGAAUACCGAUGCUAUAUCACGAUCGACAUUAUCGAGAGAUGCAGUUAUUAAAAAUUUAAAAGAAAGAAUUGCAAUUGAUAAUCAACGUGCACCACUGGAUAUAGCAUAUAUUCUUCGACCAAUGAAUAUCACAGCAAGAGUUGUAUUAGUAAUGAAACCACGUGAAGAUCAAUUUCAACGACCAAUGUUUGAUAUUAAAGUUGAUCUAGAUGAAAUUAGUUUAAAUAUUAAUCGUGAUCAAUAUUUAGAUUUACUUGAUCUACUUGAAUUUCAAGAUUAUCUUACUGUUAAAUCAAAAUAUAUAAAAUAUCAAAUAAAGGAUGAUGCACAAAAUAAGAAGAGUCGAAAAAAUUGGAAAUUUGCAUAUGAAGCAAUUGUUAAUGAAGAAAUUCGACCAAGAUUCGAAUGUUAUAAAUGGGAAAAUAUCAAAGCACAUUUAGAUCGUGUUAGAGAAUAUCGUACACUUCAUUUUCAAGAAUUAACAGGAAAAAUAUCAAAUGAACAGAAACAACGAGCAGAAGCAUUAGAAAAAAAACUUGAUGUUUUUAAUCUAACAUAUAUUCGUCGAAAAGCAGAAAUUGAAGCAAAAAAAAAGAAAGAACAAGAACCAAAAGGUUGGUGGGGAGGUGUAACAAGUUGGUGGGGUGGAAAUCAACCACAAGAUAAUCCAGAGCUUGAUUUAGAAAAAGUCAUGUCACCAGAAGAAAAGAAAAAAUUAUAUGAUGCUAUCGGUUAUGAAGGAGAAGAUACUUCAACAUCAACUUAUCCAGAAACAUAUAUUGAUAUUGAUUUAAAAAUUCAUCUAAAAAUGCUCGAUGUUAAUGUUUGGGCGAAAAUAAAUGAAAAUGAUUCAAAAUUUAAAGUAAUUGCUCGAGCUACUAUACCAGAUACUGGUUUAAUAUUUCGACGUCGACCAGCAACAGAAGCUAUUGCUCUCUUUGUUGAUUUGGGUUCAUUUCAAGUUGUUGGUACUGCUGCAGGUUCACAACAAUUGCAAUUAUCGAAUGAAAAUCGCCCGGUACUUGUUCAACCGGUUAAUCGCUUGAUUUCAUCAUCUAAUCAACAAAAAUUGUUACAAAUUGAAUUUGAAACAAAUCCAUUAGAUAAAACAGCUGAUUAUCGUGUUAAAAUUAUUUCACAAUCUCUUGAAAUUAAAUACAAUGCGCCAACAAUCAAUAAACUAGCUCAAUGUUUUGAACAAGAUACACAACGUAACCUUCAAGGUGUUAAACAAGCUGCUUAUUCAACAUAUACAGAUGUUAAAUCUCGUUCAUUUAUAUUAAUGAAACAUAAUAUCGAAAAAAUCAAAGUUUUAGAUAUUGAUAUUGAUAUUCAAUCAUCUUAUUUUCUUUUACCAGCAAAUGGAGUUUAUCAAGAUAAUGUUGCAACACUAUGUAUGGAUUUAGGUCAUUUAACAUUAAAACGAGGAACAACAUUAAAUGAUAGUGGAGAAGAGUUUGUUUCAGCUAAAGAAGCAAAAGAUAUUGAAGACGCUCGAGAAAAAUCAUAUACACAAUUUAAAUUGAAACUUGAAGAUAUUCAAUUAAUUUAUGCAAAUCAAAAUGAAAGUUGGGAAAAUGCUCGUAAAGAAAAAAAUACACGUAUACAUUUAAUUAAACCAAUGGAACUCGAAUUAGAUGUUGGUAAAUGUAUUUAUAAUGAUGAUGCUGUAUUACCUGCUUGGAAAGUUGCUGGUAAUAUUCCUAGCGUGGAUUUACGUUUAUCAGAUACACGUUUAUUUCAAAUAAUGCAGCAUAUUCAAUCAAUUCCAUUUCCUGAAUCGAAAACUGGCGCAAUUGUACAAGCAACAGUUGAUGUCGAAUCCGUACCUGUACAACCGUUAGUUAAUAAUACGGAAGAAACAUUAGAGGCAGUUGAAGGAAUGACACCCGUAAAAAAAACCAAAGAAAAAGUUGAAGCUGAAGAACAACCAGAAAAGAAAGAUACAGAAGAGAAGAAAAAGGAAUGUGAAGGACAAUUAACACAAUUAGAAGCAACGUUUACACUUGAUAAAAUUGAUUUGCUUAUUGAUAAAGCUGCAAAUGAAAUUAAUGAUAAGGAUAAUGAUGAACCAUUUCUUCGUUUAACACUUGAAUCUAUAACUGCUAAUACAAAAAUAAAAACAUUUGAUAUGGAAUUUAAUGCAUCAUUAGCUGAUUUUAUUGUUUAUCAUCAACAAUUUGUUGGAAAAGAUAAUCAACCAUUACGUUUAUUAUCAGCUCAAUUAGAUAAACAAAAUACAACGGAAAAACAGAAAUUAGUCAGUGUAAACUUUCUACAUACUUCACAAGAAAAUCCGUUAUUUUUAUCUUCACCGUAUAAUGGAGUUGAAAAUGAAGCGAAUGUUCGUUUUAGUAAACUUGUUGUCACAUUACAAUUAGAAGCACUUCUAUCCAUAUUCAAAUUUCAAGAUUCAUUAAUGAAAAAAUUACCGAAGGAUACAACAGACAAUCAAAUAAAAGAGCCACCAAAGGAAGAAGUAAAAGCUAUUGAAAAUAAUGAAAAAACAGAAAAGCCUGUUAAGAAAAAUGAUACUCCAGCAACACCUUCACUCAAAAUAAAAGCAUCUCUGGAAGAAUUUAAAAUAAUUCUUGCAUCAAAACAAGCACGAUUAUUUGACAUUCAAGUUGAAGGUAUCACUGCUGACGUAUCACAAUCAUCAGAAAAGACAUUAGUUAAUUUAAUUCUAUCAGAUUUACGUAUCUUUGAUCCAUAUAAAGACGCACGAUAUCGAAAAAUUAUUUCUCAACAAGGUGAUGAUAAAGAUUUACUUCGUGUUGAUUUAUCCUUAUUCAAUCAUCCAGUGGGAUAUGAAAAACCUCUUGAUGUUUAUGACUGUGAUGUGAAAGUUGAAUUUGCUAAAGCAAAUAUUGUCUUUCUAUUCAAACAUAUCGAUGCACUUUUAGGGUUUCUUGAUACAUUAAAUAUAACUAAAGCAGCGCUUGAUAUAGCAUCAACACAAGCUGAUGCUGCCUAUGAACAAGUACAAAAAUUACAAGAACAAGCAUUUAAAGUACAUCUCGAUGUAACAUUUAAUGCUCCAAAUAUAAUUAUUCCAACAAAUUCUUAUUCUGAUGAAGCAAUGUUUCUUGAUUUGGGUAAAUUAACAUUAAAAACAGAUUUUCGUGAUGAUGAAAUCAAAUUUCUUACUGAAAGGCAAAAUAUUCGAUUAGAGAAUAUUCUUGCUAGCCGUGUUAAACUUGAUAAAGAUAAUAAUAUCCUUGGUGAAGCUGUUUUACUUGAAUGUGCAGAAUUAAAUACAGAAAUAAAUCGUUUACUUUAUCCAGAAAAAGUUAAAAAUCAACCAGGAGUUUCAAUUAAAGUUUUAUGGGACUCAGUUCAUUUUCGGUUAGCUAAAGAUGACUAUUCAUGUGUUAUGAAAGUUUUAAUGGAAAAUUUUUCAGAAAAUAUUCGUGAUCAAAUACCAGAUAGCUUUCAAAAUGAACAAUAUAACUAUAUAACAGACAAGCAACGAGAAGAAGAAGAUGAACUUAAAAAAGCUGUUAUUAAGCGACGAACAGAAUUAGUUAGUAAUGAAGUAGUACCAACACUUAAACUUCGUGCAACAAUAAAAACAUUAGCAUUAACACUUUAUCUUGGUGAUUCCGAUAUGAGUACUCGUCGUGAACCACGUAAUGAUAAAUUAAAAUUAGCCAGUGUAGAAAUUGAUAUGCUUGACGCUAUAUUUCGUCAACGAUCUGAUGGAAGUUAUAAAGCAACAGCACUUGUUAAAAAUUUCUUACUUGAUGAUUUACGUGCAACAAAUAAACGUGAAAGUGUGACACGUAUGAUGGAUAGACAUUUUACAGUUGCUCCCGAUGCUCAAAUGCUUGUUGCAGUAUUUGAAUUUACACCAAAAACCACAGAUUCAGCAGCACGUCGAAAAUUAACUGCACAGCUGGAAAGUCUUUAUAUUUGUAUAAGUUUGGAUUAUUUAAUGAAAUUACAAGACUUUUUUAUUUCUGGUUUACCUUCGGGUAAUACUGAAAGCAAACCUCAACCACCACCACCACCAACAAUAACUGAUCAAUUAGAACAUGAUGUAAAUCGAAACAAACUUGAUGCAAGACCAUCCACUGUUCCGACAAAAACACCAGUACCAGCACCAAAACCUCCAACCACUGCACCUAAUGCAGAUGCAGACGUUGAAACUUUCUUAGAAAUUGUAGUAAAACAUCCUGAAGUUAUUUUACUUGAAGAUCAACACAAUUCAAAUUCAAACUGUCUUGUACUUGAUUUAACAUUCGAAAUGCGUAUAUCAAUAGUCAAUAAUGAAACAAAAUUAUAUGGUUGGCUAAGAGGUUUAACAAUUUACAGUUCAAAUUUUGCUGAAUUAAAAAAUUCAAAUAAUUCUGCGACAAAAAUCAAAUAUCGUAUUUUACAACCAGCUGAAAUAGAUGUUCUUAUGACUAUGACUAAUGAAGAACAAAAAAUUGAUUUACGAAUAUCGGAUUUUAUGGUCAGUAUUGCACCAGCUGCUGUUCGAACUGUUAUUGGUGUUAUGAAUUCAUUAGGAACAUUACAGGUAGAAACAACUGAAGAAAUUGAAAAAGUGAAUUCUACAUCUUUAUUUGAUCCAAAACCUUUUAAAGAUGCAAAAUUUUGGUUUACCAAAGAUGUCGAAGAAAAAGUUGAACAAACUGAUAUAUUAGAAACUGUUCGAGGUACUCCAUCACAACAAAAAGCCAUUAAAGAAGAAGAAAAUAAAUUGAAAGAAAAAGACGAAACUCAAAAACCAAUGCGUCAACAAUUAUUACUUACAUUAGAAACACUUCAACUUAAACUUGAAGUUGGCUUAGGUUCAGUAACAAAAGCUGUUGUAGCAAUGAGUUUAUCAGGUUUAAUUGCUGAUGUUCAAAAUUGGUCAUCAAAUAUGAGUCUUCAAUCAACAGUAAAUUUUGAAAUAGCAUUAUAUAACGAACAUGUACUUGCUUGGGAACCAUUCAUUGAACCAACAGUGACUUCGGAUGGAGGAACACUUUUACCAUGGGGUAUUACAUGCUCAAUUGUAUCUGGUCUUCCAUUCACUCAAAAAGCUGAUUCAUCAGUAAUUGAUGAACAACAACGAAAAGAAGGUGUUCCAUCAUCAAGUUCGAAACAAAUAAUAUUGAUUCGUGCCGAUCAAUUACUUAAUUUAACAAUAACUAAAACGGGUCUUGAUCUUGUUCAACGUCUAUCAGCUUUAUUUAAUGAUGUUUAUAAUAAAAGAUUACCACCAACUGAUGAUGAUCAACCAUUAUUAUCUGUUUUUAAUGGUACAGGACAAGAAUUAUCUAUCAAUAAUUUAGUUGGUCUUAACUUUCCUGAUUCAUCUACAAAUGAAUCAAUCACUCUUAAAGAAAAUGAAUCUAUUCCAUUAAAUGAAGUUAAUGAUAAGCAAACUCAAGGAAAACUUACAGUUAUUGAACAACAAAGUUCAAAACAACAAGAACUUUCUGUCAAAAUUGGAGAUGUCGUUAAAACUGUUAGCAUAAAUCGAACAUGGAAACGUGUAUAUGAAUUAGGACCAUCACCAAUUUCUAAUUUUCCUGUUCAAAUGCUUUGUAAUGCUGAAGUCGAAAAUGAACGUCGACGUAUUAUUCUUAGCUCAAUUGUUCGAAUAUUUAAUAAUACAACAUUACCAAUGCUUCUUUUGAAUAUUGAUCAACAUAAUAUGAAAAAUCAUACUUCAGUAGCUAGAAUUGAUGUUAAUAAAGAUUGUUACGUACCAAUUAAUUUACUUUAUUCACAUUCAACUUCAAAAGUAUUUCUUACGGUUGAUGAGAAUGAAGAAGUAUCGGAUUUUUUUUCAUUUGAUUGGCGUGACGAAUAUGCAGUAGAAAGAAAAAUAAAAUUAAAAACUGGAAAUGAAGCAAAUUUUGUUGUUUUUAAAGAAGUAUCUGAUGCUUAUGCAGAAAAUACGGAUCAACUUAGUACAACAGCUUUUACUCUUUAUAUUCAUCCAGCACUUCAUUUAACUAAUCUUUUACCAGUCGAUAUUCAAUGUUCAAUUAAUAAUGUUGAAACAUUUGAACUAAAACCAAGUCAAUUACAAUUAAUUACAUCUGGUAAUAAAAGUUCUGUAUUAAAUUUUACAAUUCCAUCAUAUAACAAUAUCAUAUGGACAUCUGAACCUGUUGACUUAAAAGCGGAAGGUACAGGUGAUAAUAAUGAACAUCUUGUCAUUUUUCAUAGCGCUGAUAAUCAACAAAUCUUGAGAAUGAUGUUACGUGUUGAUGCAUAUCAUGACUCAUAUCGUUUAUCAUUAUAUACGCCAUUUUGGAUACUUAAUCGUACAAAUCUUAAACUUGAACUUCAAAUUGAAAAUCAUCCAGUAUUUAUUGAUGUAAUUGAAACACCAUAUUUAUUUUGUCCAGAGAAAUUCUCAAGUGGAGCAAACAAAAAAGGUCAAAUACGUGUUUAUGGUCUAGGACAAACGGAUGUUACAGCAAAUUGGUCAGAGAAAUUUUCACUUGAUGUUAUUAAAAGUACGGGUGUGACAGGUUGUAAAGUACCAAAUGAUCGAACAUAUAUGAUUACUGUGGAUAUUGUCACAAGUUCAUUUGGUUCAACAAAACUUAUUACACUUUCACCAUCAAUGGUUAUUAGUAAUCAAUCAAGUGUUGGCAUUGAAGUUAUAGAAACUGUAGCGGAUAAAGAACAAGGUAAAUGGGAAACAGUUAAUCCAGAUCAAUUAAUUCCGUUUUGGCCAUGUAAUGCAAAAGAAGGUACUAUGCGUGUUCGUUAUACACAUAAUCAAAUAGCAUCAACUCCAUUUUUAUUUAAACAAAAACAUCGUACACUUUUACGUAUGGAUGAUGAAGAACGUCCAGCAAUUAAUGUUGAAGUAAAUGCAACUGAUUUUGAUGGUGUUCGAGUUAUUUUUGGAGAUUAUAAAGUUGGUGAUGCACCAUUACUUAUUGUUAAUUGUUUAAAAACUGAAUCAAUUACUUUUUGUCAACGUGAUGAUAAACGAUCACAAAUUUUGCCAGAAUUACAUUAUACUUAUCAUACAUGGAUGGAUCCUUUAAAACCAAGAGAAUUAGUCAUAUUAUGUGGAUCAAAAUCAGCACAAAUAGAUCUUAAUCCUCAAUGUGGUUCAAUUGGUAAAGACGGUGAACGUAAUUUAAAUUAUACUGUAUUUAUUGAUGGUGUACAAACAGUUUUACUUUUGUCUGAUGAUCUAAAAAUAAUCGAAGCAGCUUCAGGUGUACCAUCAUUAGUUGAAUCUAUGGAUCAACGUAUACAAAUUGGUAUAUAUGAUAUUGGCAUUUCUAUUGUUAAUGAUAGAACACGAGAAGAGAUGCUUUACAUAAGUUUAAAUAAAUCUAAAGUAGUUUGGACUGAAACCAAAAAAAAUCGUGCUAAACCUUUAUCAAAAGAUAUACAUGAUCAAUUAGAAGCACUAUAUCAAAGUCAUAUGGCAGAACGUGAAGCUUAUCCAGAUAAUAAACAACUAUUAAGAAAAACAUAUGAGACAGAUAAAUAUCGAGAAAUUUUAUUUGAUGAAAAUUCAGCCAAAGUAAUUAAUUCUAAAGAUCGUCCAAAAGAGUUUAAACGACAAGCAUUAGAUGGUCUAUAUAUGGAAUAUGCAUGGUCUGUAACAACUUCUGCAAUACAUCUACGUGUUAGUCGAUUACAAAUCGAUAAUCAACUUAGUUAUACAACAUUUCCUGUUAUGUUCCAUCCAGUUAUAUCGAAAGCAGCAGGAACUGAUCUUGCUGAAAAAGCAUUUGUUGAAUUAAGUGUUGUUCAAACUAAAACAACACGAUCUGAUAUUGUACAAUUUAAACAAUGUCAAUUACUUAUUCAAGAAUUUGCUGUUAAAAUUGAUCAAGGUUUAAUUGUUGCACUUCUUUUAUUUUUACGAGCAGAAAACAAUUCAGCAGCACCAACAGUAAAUAUGGAUUCAGAUUUAGAAUACAUUAAAAAACCACUUGACUUGAUUAUUAAAGCACAAAUAGAUACUCCAACUGGUGAAACACAAAUGUAUUUUGAUAAGAUUCAUUUAUCACCACUUAAAAUUCAUGUUAGUUUUUCAAUGCAUGGACAAAAUCCAAGUGAAGAAUUAUUAGCUGAAUAUCCAAUAGUUGGAUUUCUUUUACAAACAUUAAAUAUUACAGAAGUACAAGACGUUAUUUUACGUUUGGGUUAUUAUGAACGAGUUCAUGAUAAAUUUACCGUAUCAAGAAUAACAGCCGAUGUUACAUCUCAUUAUCAAAAUCAAUUUAUGAAACAACUUCAUGUUUUGGUACUUGGUCUUGAUGUACUUGGAAAUCCACUUGGAGUUAUUCGUGGUCUUGCAGAAGGUGUUGAAUCAUUUUUCUAUGAACCAUAUAAAGGAGCAGUUGAGGGUCCAAUGGAAUUCAUUGAAGGUAUAGGAACAGGUGUUACAACAUUGUUUGGUUCAGCUGUAGGUGGUGCGACUGGAGCUGUUUCAAAAAUAACUGGUGUAUUUGGAAAAAGUUUAGCUACAUUAACAUUUGAUGAUGAUUAUAAAGCUGCACGUAAUCAACGUAAAGAUCCAGGAGGAAGUAAAAGAACAGAUAUGGCAAAUAGUGCAAGAAAUGUUGCUCGGGGUUUUGCUGGUGGUAUAACAGGUGUUAUAACAAAACCUCUGGAAGGAGCAAAAAGUGGUGGAACAGUUGGUUUUUUUAAGGGUUUGGGAAAAGGUGCUAUUGGUCUUGUAGCACGACCAGCAGGUGGAAUGGUGGAUUUCGCUAGUACAUCUCUUGAUGUAGUUAAACGAACUGUUCAACCCGAAGAAAUUGUUCGUCGUGUUCGUUAUCCACGUCAUGUUGGUGCUGAUGGUCUUGUUCGACCUUAUGUUUCUCAUGAAGCCACGGGAUUUUAUAUAUUAAAUAAAGUAGAAGAUGGAAAAUAUUCAAAACUUGGAGAUACAUAUGUUGCUCAUAUAAUUUGUCAAGGAGAUUCAUCAUCACCAUCUUGGUUAAUAGCAACAUCACAACGAUUAUUAUUUGUAUAUCAAGUAUCAUAUUUUGGUGACUAUGAACUUGAUGAUGAAAUCGAAUAUAAAGACAUAUCUGGAAAACCAACUAUUAAAAUUGAUUCAAAACAAAUUGAAAUUUUAAGAAAAGAACCAAUAAAGACUGGAACGAUAAGGAAAAAACAUGUAUCAUAUGGAAAAGUAGUUCGAUACACAAAUGCUAUCGAAGCUAAGUCUUUUGUUGACAAAACUAUUAGUGCAAUGCAUCUUGCUGGACACUAA